UGAAGUUCUGAGGUUGGGGAUGGCGAGCGGCAAUGGCGGGACGCCGCCGGCGGCGGCGGACUACCGGAGCUCGGACAGCAGGAGCUCGAGCCGGCGGAGCACGAGGUUCAAGGAGGACAACGAGUACGUGGAGAUCACGCUCGACGUCAAGGGCGACGACACGGUGGCCAUCCAGAGCAUCCGGAACGGCGGCGACCUGCCGGAGGUGGCGCUGCUGGCGCGCGGCCUCGAGCCGCGGGCGCCGCCGCCGCCGUCGGCGGUGCCGGGACCCGGCGGGCUGUCGUCGAGGCUCAAGGCGGUGGGCACCGAGCUGCGGCGGCUCGCGUCGUGGAAGUUCCCCGGCGGCAUCGGCGAGCCGUCGCCUCCCCCGGCGGCGGCGGCGGCCAACGACCGCCGCCGGCUCGACCGGAGCAUGACCGGCGCCGCCCGCGCGCUCCGGGGCCUUCAGUUCCUCAACUCCAGCGUCGUCACCAAUGGCUGGCCGGAGGUGGAGAAGAGGUUCGACCGCCUCGCCGUCGACGGCUUCCUCCUCCGCUCUCGCUUCGGCCAGUGCAUCGGGAUGGUUGGAUCCGAGGAGUUUGCGGUUCAGAUCUUCGACGCGCUUGCGCGGCGAAGAGGGAUCACAGCUCAGUUGCUCACCAAGGAUCAGGUCCGGGAGUUUUGGGAGCAGCUCUCUGAUCCAGGCUUUGAUGCCAAGCUGCAGACUUUCUUUGACAUGGUUGACAAGAAUGCAGAUGGUCAGAUCACUGAAGAGGAGCUCAAAGAGGUCCUCACCCUGACGGCCUCUGCAAACAAGCUCUCCAAGAUCCUGGAGCGUGUCGACGAGUACACCGCGUUGAUCAUGGAGGAGCUCGACCCCGAUCAACUAGGCUACAUCGAUAUAUCAAACCUGGAGGCGCUGCUGCUGCUGCCGCCGUCGCAGGCGCCGUCAAAGCUGGUGACGCACAGCUCCAACAUCAGCCAGCUGAUCAGCCAGAAGCUGGUGCCGACGAACGACCGGAACCCGCUCCGGCGAGGCCUCCGGAAGCUGGGGUACUUCAUGGAGGACAACUGGAAGCGGGUGUGGGUGGUGGCGCUGUGGUUGGCCAUCAACGCCGGCCUCUUCACCUGGAAGUUCAUGGCGUACAAGCGCCACCCUACGUUCGACGUCAUGGGCUACUGUGUCUGCGUCGCCAAGGGCGGCGCCGAGACCACCAAGUUCAACAUGGCGCUCAUCCUCCUCCCUGUCUGCCGCAACACCAUCACCUGGCUCCGCUCCCGCACCAAGCUCGACGCCGCCAUCCCCUUCAAUGACAACAUCAACUUCCACAAGGUGGUGGCGGGGGGAGUGGUGGUAGGGGUGGCGCUGCACGGGGUGACGCACCUGACGUGCGACUUCCCGAGGCUGCUGCACGCGAGCGACGCGGUGUACGAGCCGAUGAAGAAGUACUUCGGGCAGACGCGGGUGCCCAACUACUGGUGGUUCGUGAAGGGCGUGGAGGGGAUCACCGGCGUGAUCAUGGUGGUGCUCAUGGCCAUCGCCUACACGCUGGCGCACCCGUGGUUCCGGCGGAGCAAGCUCAGCGAGGGCAACCCACUGAAGCGGCUCAGCGGCUUCAACAUGUUCUGGUACUCGCACCACCUCUUCGUCGUCGUCUACAUCGCCUUCGUCGUCCAUGGCGUCUGCCUCUACAUCAACCGGACAUGGUGGAAGCAGACGACAUGGAUGUACCUUGCCAUCCCCCUCCUGCUCUACGCCGGCGAGCGGAUUUUCCGGGCUCUGAGGUCUCAUGGCUUCACCACCGUAAGGAUCGAGAAGGUUGCAAUCUAUCCUGGCAAUGUGAUAGCCAUCUACAUGAGCAAGCCCCCCGGAUUCAAGUACAAGAGUGGCCAGUACAUCUACGUCAACUGCGGCGAGGUCUCGCCAUUCGAGUGGCACCCGUUCACCAUCACCUCGGCUCCUGGCGACAGCUACCUGAGCAUGCACAUCCGGUGCCGCGGCGACUGGACCUCCAGCUUCAGGGCCAUCUUCUCUCAGAUAUGCCGGCCUCCGAUGAACGGCCAGAGCGGCCUCCUCCGGGCAGACUGCAUGUCCAUGGAGCACAAUGCAAGGUUCCCGAAGCUGCUGAUCGACGGGCCGUACGGCGCGCCGGCGCAGGACUACUGGAAGUACGACGUGCUCCUCCUCAUCGGCCUCGGCAUCGGCGCCACCCCUCUCAUCAGCAUCGUCAAGGACGUCCUCAACCACAUCCAGGACGACGCCGAGGACCCCGCCUCGCCAGCGGACAACCACGGCAAGGGCGGCGGCGCCGGCUCCAGGGCGUUCAUGACGGACCGGGUGUACUUCUACUGGUGCACGCGGGAGGAAGGGUCGUUCGAGUGGUUCCGCGGCGUGAUGAACGAGGUCGCCGACCGCGACGCCGGCGGGCGGAUCGAGCUCCACAACCACUGCACCAGCGUGUACGAGGAGGGGGACGCCCGGUCGGCGCUGGUGACGAUGCUGCAGGCGCUCCACCACGCCAAGAACGGCGUCGACGUCGUCUCCGGCACCCGGGUCCGCACCCACUUCGCCCGCCCCAACUGGCGCGACGUCUUCAAGCGCCUCGCCGUCAACCACCAGGGCCAGCGCGUCGGCGUCUUCUUCUGCGGCGACCAGACCCUCACGCCGGAGCUCCGCCGCCUCGCCCAGGACUUCUCCCACAAGACCACCACCAAGUUCGUCUUCCACAAGGAGAACUUCUGAUCCACUCCAGACCGAGAUCCUCGCAGCAGAAGUCACCGUAGCUUUGCCAACAUAUGGGUCCAAGAUUAAUAUGUCAGUGAUAAAGUCACUUGACUUCGACUGCAGACGAACCCGAGCCAUCCACUCCGCCUAAUUUACCACACAUGAAUUUUACAGGAAAUGGUUUAAUUUCUACAGAAUUUCUCAUAAAAUUACUCCAAACCAGAUAGGGUCGAAAUGUACAAUUAAGAGGAUGCUUAGUGUUUGUUUGUUCGUUCUUUUGUUUUCUUUUAAACGAUUUUUAUGUGUAGGUAGAAUCAAAUGCCAGGGGAAGAAAAGCUCUGCACAUAGAUAUGUUAGGGGGUGAUUUGUUAGUAGCCUUUGUUUAUGGUUUGACAAGGUUUGUACAAAAUUAGUAAACUUGGUAUAAAAUGCU